AACCUCGACGACGAAGCGAAACGAGCUGGGGUUUUGUACUACAAUCUCACAAGUGCCUCCUUCGCUCCUUCCUGGAACUGUAACUGCGCGGGCGGAUCCAAAGCUACUGUCCUAAUUUAGCCGGCGAAUUCGAUCGGCAGCGGAAGUCACUUGGAGUACAGAUGAGCUGGUGAUAUUGCUUUAGUCACUUGGAGUACAGAUGAGCUGGUGAUAUACCCUUAUAUUCUUCGGUAGAAUCUGCGUUUUCCAGUUUUUGAAAGUAUGGCGACGUCGAUUUCGAGAAGGAUUUUACGCUCUUUUGCGUCCUUGGACGUUGGUAGUUUUGGUUCUCCAGGUCUUAUUUAUCAACCAUUUCGAGCUUCUCGUGAUUUGUGUGGCCAAGUUGUCGGGAAUUGCUUAUUUUCAGCAGAAUCUUCUAGCUUUGUGAAGGGUGAAGCAGCUUACGUUGCAUAUCGGAGGUUUUCAACGUCUAUCCUGACUCCUGGUUCAAGUGAUGGUGCAUUCCCCUCAGACUUAUUAUCCACAAAGUCUGUGUUAACACCGGAGCGCCAGAUUGGCCUUUAUGAGGACUUGGUGAUUCCAGUGACAAAUUUUCACAAUGAGGACAAAGGCUUUAUGGUUUUGGCUGGUGAUGUUUUUGAUGUGCCCCUUAAGAAGCAUAUUAUCCAUCGUGUUGUGCGAUGGCAACUUGCGAAACGACAACAGGGAACACAUUCAACAAAAACAAUCAGUGAAGUUAGUGGGACUGGUAGAAAACCAUAUCGGCAGAAGGGUACUGGUCGAGCAAGGCAUGGAACACUGCGUGGACCGCAGUUCAGGGGAGGUGCUGCAAUGCAUGGCCCUAAGCCGCGAAGUCAUGCUAUUAAAUGCAACAAGAAGGUUAGACGUCUAGGGUUGAAGAUUGCUUUGACUGCUCGAGCAGCAGAAGGAAAGCUUCUGGUUUUUGAGGAUUUGGAGGUCCCUACUCAUAAAACCAAGAAUAUUGUCAACUAUGCCAACCAAAUGGAGAACACCAAGAAGCUACUGCUGGUGGAUGGUGGCCCAAUUAAUGAAAAUCUGAAGUUGGCUACUCAAAAUCUACACUAUGUCAAUGUACUGCCAUCAAUUGGCUUGAAUGUCUAUAGUAUCCUGCUGCAUGAUACACUGGUGAUGUCUCGUGAUGCUGUAAACAGGAUUGUUGAGCGGAUGCACACUCCAAUUAAUCGAUGAAGCGAUGUAUUACAAUUUGUGCUUUAUUCCAAUGAUUUUGAGUCGAAAGAUGACAAAAAAUCCAGAAUAACUUUUUUUUUUUUAAUUUCCUCAAAAUAUGCAAAAAUGCAGUUAGAUACCCGUUUUCUUUUGUUAGUUUGCCCUUCAAGUUUCAACUGGGAACACCUUUUAGUUGAAUUAAGGUGAAAGAUCAAACGUGCCAUGGUCAUCUUGCGUUGGUAUUUCCAGACAGAAAUUUACUCCCCAUGGUUCUCGGUUUUGGUCCUCGAUACCUGUUGAAUAUGAAUUCCCGUCUCGUAUUUCCAUUUGCUUCAACCUUUGAUAGUCAGAAGGAAUUUCUGAAUUUUGUGCGCAGGCAGCUUUGGAAAAGAGUAGAGUUGCAGCUUUUGCGGGUAGAGCGCCCUUUUUCAGUUUCAGGGGACCAAACUUUGUUGACAUUACCUUAGAAAAUUAUUCAGGCUACAACUUUGCACUACUGUCUGUACAAGUAUGUUAACGACUUUAAGAAAUUAUUUAGGUAAUCAACUAUAUUAUUGGCAA